AUGCGGCCCUCUGCACCUGCUGCCAAAGUUUCGGCUUCAGCCCUGGCCGCGGGGCUGGAGCGAAAGCUGAGCAGGGAGUCGCCCGGAGCGAGAAAUGCGCAGAGCGAGGUGCUGGAGAGGAGCCGUGCUCGUGCGCACCGGCCCGCAGCCGGCCCCCUCGCCGGGGACCCCGUGUGCACCGAGCGGCCCCAGGACUGGUGCCGGGAUGCGGCGACGGCGGCGAGGUGCGGGGCGCUGGAGUACUGCCGGCUGGCCGCCGGGGACCUGGGGAAGGGCAUCCCGUGCCACCUGUGCCAGGUGGCGGUCUCCGUGGUGGGGAAGAUCCUGCAGGACAACUGCACCGAGGAGAAGCUCCGGGGCUUCCUGGACAAGAAAUGCCAGUACCUGCCCUUCCAGGACUGGUCCGUCAAGUGCAAGAAGAUGGUGGACACGGGCAUCCUGGUGCUCACCCAGCUGGGCAAGCAAGUGCUGUCGGACCCCAAGGUGGUGUGCGGCACCAUCAGGCUGUGCCAGCCCCGGCAGCGCCUCGCCGGCGCCCUCAGGUCUCCGGCGUCGCCGGCGGCCCCCGGGGACGACUUUGCCCGGCCGGCCGCCCCCUUCCCGGGCUGGCUGCGCCGCCGCCCGCCGCAGGAGCAGGGGGACGCGUGCGGGCGCUGCGCCCGGCUGGGGCUCCCGGCCCCCGGGGCCGCCGCCCGCCUCCGCCGGCGCUGCGCGAGCCUGGGGCCGCUCCGCGCACCGCGGUGCCGGCGCUUCGCGGAGGCCCGCGCGGAGACGGCGGCGCGGCGCGCGCAGGAGGAAGAAGCGGAGAAGCCCGCGGCGCUGUGCGAGGUGUGCCAGCUCGCCGUGAAGGCGGCCGAGAGCCUCCUGGAGAACAACGUGACCGAGGAGCAGCUGGUUGACGGCAUCGAGAAGGUGUGCUACAUGCUGCCCCACAGCGUCAUCAGCCAGUGCAAGGACUUCGUGGACGCCUACGGCAAAGCCGUGGUCAUCAUGCUGCUGGAGGCCACCGACCCGCAGGCCAUCUGCACGCUGCUGCGGUGCUGCCCCAAGGCCCUGAUGGCCCCCGCAGGGGCCGGGGCACUGGAGCGGCUGGCGGCCGGCGCCGGCGCCUUCUGCAACGUCUGCCAGAUCGUCAUCACCUACUUCGACAACGAGCUGCUCAAGAACGAGACGCUGUCGGAGCUGGGCGACAUGCUGGAGAAGGGCUGCGAGCUGCUGCCCUCGCCGUUCACGGGCCAGUGCGAGGCGCUCAUCGUGCAGUACGAGCCGGCUGCCGUGCGGCUCCUCGUCCAGAUGAUGGACCCCACCUUUGUGUGCACCAAACUCAGAGCCUGUGACUCGCCCGAGGAGGAGGAGGAGGAGGAGGAGGAGGAAGAGCAGCAGGAGGAGCAGCAGCAGCAGGAGGAGGAGGAGCUGGGCUCGGACCCCUGCGCCCGUGGCCCGGACUACUGGUGCCAGAGCGUGGCCACCGCCGCCGCGUGCAACGCCGUCGAGCACUGCAAGCGGCACGUGUGGGGCUAGGAGCCGCCAGGACCGCCGGCUGCCCCGGCCAGCCUCGGACCGCCGGCGAGGCCCGGCACCCGCCG